AUGGCUAGUGAUCAAGAAAACUCACAAGAUGCAAAUGCUCCUGAUGAUACUUCAGAAAAAGAAAUUACACGAGGCAUCACUAUUAUGAAGAGUAUCAUUCGUGAUAGAGAUAAAGCAGUAACAUAUAAUGUAAAUUGGAAUGCUGAUAACCAACUAAUUGGGUCUAAUGCUGCAAAGUUGGCAAGCUACAUUGGUACACUUGUUCGUAUGCACAUUCCAAUCACUGCUACAAGAUGGAGUAAUAAAGAGUUGGGUAGCGCUAAAGAUAAGAUUUGGACUGAGAUACUGAUACAACUAUCCGAAAAAAGUAUAUACUUCAAUUGGCCGGAAAAAGACACAGAGGGUGGAGAACAAGAAGAAUGGGUUGCUUUUGUAGCCCAAAGAAGAGACGAAAAUUUCAAGAAAGUGAGUGCCACAAAUCGCGAGAGAGCGUCAAAUCCCACGUAUGCAUACAAAAAAGGGCGUUUGGGAUAUGCACGCUUAGAGGAAAAAAUUUUAGACGAGACGAAAAGUGACGCAACAUCACUUCCGCCACAUGUUUUGUGGAAAGAAGCUCGUGUGGGAAAGGAUGGAACUGUUAGGGAUGACGUUCAACAUAUUUAUGAUGAAUGUGAGACCCUAUCUCAAUCGAUAAGCACAGCUGAGGACCAGGAGAACAGGAGCGUACUUAGUAGAGCACUAAAUGUUCCUGAGUAUCCCGGUCGGGUGAGGGGUAAAGGGCAUGGUUGUACUCCAACUUCCUUGUAUAAGAAUCCAAGGAGAAGAAAUCCUAGCAAUCAAGAAGUGAUGGAGACGUUGUAG